AGCCGACGGCCUCAGCUUGUGUUUACAGCUUCUCUAUCAGUCACUGUAUGUAGUGCAACGUUAUGACAACCCUUUCUGGAAUUAAAAAGUAUACAGGAAUCAGGUAAAAAAGUAGCCCGGCUACAAACGUGCACUGCCUUCUGCUCCUGCAGUAGUGGUGAGAUCAUCCGAGGUAAAAUACCUGACAUGAAGUGCACUACCUGUUUACCACUGAUUGUCACAAGAGGAUCCUAUGCAUGAUGCACAAUACUUGUCACUUUGGUUAACAUCCACUGUGGUUUUAAUUACUUAACUCCAUUCAUGUGCUGCGCAUGGUUUAGCAGUCAUGGAUGACAAGGCUUCGGUUGGAAAAAUUAGCGUGUCGUCCGACUCGGUCUCCACCCUCAACAGUGAGGACUUUGUGCUGGUGUCCCGCCAGGGGGACGAGACGCCCUCCACUAAUAACGGUAGCGAUGACGAAAAGACAGGACUGAAGGUAAUUUCUGAGGAAGGUGUCAGCUUUAAGAUUGUUGGAAACGGCAGUGAGCAGCAGCUUCAGCGGGAGCUAGAGGAUGUGCUGAUGGACCCGUCGGUGGCCGAGCAGGCAGGUAGUGGGGAGCAGGCGGAGUCUGCAGGAGCUCCCACCGUGGCUACGGCUGCACCGGUAUGCUCCACUGCACCAGGUGCUCUGCCCAAACUGGACAUGUUGCUCCCAGUCCAGUCCACAAAGGAGGGCGAGUUUUUGUACAAGGAUGAUUCUUCUGAGCCCAGCACACCCGUGCCAGAUGAGGAUAGUGUGGUGUUCAGCAAGCUAACCUACCUGGGCUGUGCCUCCGUCAAUGCUCCCCGCAGUGAGGUGGAGGCCCUGCGCAUGAUUAGCAUUCUCCGCGGCCAGUGCCAAAUGCCCCUGGACGUCACACUCUCCGUACCUGGAGUCUCUGAGGGGACCGUCAGGUUGUUGGACCCUCAGAUGAGCACGGAAAUAGCAAACUACCCGAUCUAUAAAAUACUCUUCUGUGUGCGUGGCCACGAUGGAACACCUGAAAGUGACUGCUUUGCCUUCACAGAGAGCCACUCUAAUGCUGAGAUCUUCCGCAUCCAUGUCUUCCGCUGUGAAAUCCAGGAAGCGGUCAGCCGAAUCUUGUACAGCUUUGCCACGGCUUUCAGGCGGUCAGCCAGCAAGGCCCCUUUGGCUGCCCAGCCCCCGCCACUGACACCUGAUAGUGACGUUUUUACCUUCACUGUCAGCCUUGAGAUCAAAGAAGAUGAUGGGAAGGGUUCCUUCAGUGCUGUGUCAAAAGACAAAGAUAAGCAGAGCUUUAAGCUACGUCCAGGCAUGGAUAAGAAGAUUGUCAUCUAUGUUCAGCAGACCUCCAACAAAGAGCUGCAGAUUGAGAGGUGCUUCGGCCUCCUGCUGAGUCCAGGUAAAGAUGUGCGAAACAGUGACAUGCAUCUCCUUGAUCUGGAGUCUAUGGGGAAGAGCUCUGAUGGGAAGUCCUAUAUCAUUACGGGAAGCUGGAAUCCCAACACACCUCACUUUCAGUCUGUCAAUGAGGAGACCCCAAAAGAUAAGUUCAUGUACAUGACCACUGCUGUGGAUUUAGUCAUCACUGAAGUUGAAGAGCCAGUGCGGUUCCUUUUGGAAACGCGGGUUAGAGUCUGCUCACCCAACGAGAGACUCUUCUGGCCUUUUAGCAAGCGAAACUACACUGAAACCUUCUACCUGAAACUUAAACAGAUGGAGAGGAAGGACCGGAAGAGUAACACAGAUACACUGUAUGAGGUUGUCAGUCUGGAGAGUGAGUCUGAAAGAGAGAAGAAGAAGACCACUGCCAGCCCCAGCAUCCUGCCAUCUGCCUCCCAUGGUUCUAUGGUACCUUCACCCCCUGAGGAUGAUGAAGAGGAAGACAAUGACGAGCCUUUACUGAGCGGUUCAGGAGAUGUGUCAAAGGAAUGUGCUGAGAAGAUCCUUGAGACUUGGGGCGACCUGCUGUCCAGGUGGCACCUGAACCUAGCUGUGCGGCCCAAACAGCUUCCAGCACUGGUCCGCAGUGGUGUCCCAGAGGCACUGAGGGGAGAGGUGUGGCAGCUUCUGGCUGGUUGCCAUAACAAUGACCACCAAGUGGAAGAGUAUCGUACUCUCAUCACCAAGGAAUCUCCUCAAGACAGUGCCAUUACCAGAGAUAUUAACCGGACAUUCCCUGCACACGACUACUUUAAGGACACCGGAGGAGAUGGCCAGGACUCGCUAUAUAAGAUUUGCAAGGCAUACUCGGUGUAUGACCAGGAGAUCGGAUACUGCCAGGGACAGUCCUUCCUUGCUGCAGUGUUGCUGCUACAUAUGCCAGAGGAGCAGGCCUUCAGCGUGCUAGUCAAGAUCAUGUUUGAUUACGGUCUCAGGGAGCUUUUCAAGCAGAACUUUGAGGACCUUCACUGCAAAUUCUUUCAGCUAGAGCGACUCAUGCAGGAGUACAUCCCAGACCUGUACAAUCACUUCCUGAAUAUUAACCUGGAAGCGCAUAUGUAUGCCUCUCAGUGGUUCCUCACCCUCUUCACUGCUAAGUUCCCGCUCUACAUGGUGUUCCACAUCAUCGACUUGCUGCUUUGCGAGGGUAUCAGUGUCAUCUUCAAUGUGGCUCUGGCAUUGCUUAAGACGUCCAAGGACGACCUGCUUCAGACGGACUUUGAGGGUGCACUGAAGUUCUUUCGGGUCCCAGUCCCAAAGCGUUACCGGUCCGAGGAAAAUGCUAAGAAGCUGAUGGAGCUGGCCUGUAGCAUGAAGAUCAGUCAGAAGAAGCUGAAGAAGUUUGAGAAGGAGUACUACAUGAUGAGGGAGCAGCAGGCCCAGCAGGAGGAUCCCAUUGAGAGAUAUGAGAGGGAAAACCGGCGACUGCAAGAGGCCAACAUGCGGCUAGAGCAGGAGAAUGAUGACCUGGCCCAUGAACUUGUCAGCAGCAAGAUCGCUUUGAGAAAGGACCUGGACAAUGCAGAAGAGAAGGCUGAUGCCCUCAACAAGGAGCUACUUUUGACCAAACAGAAGCUGGUGGAAUCUGAGGAUGAGAAGAGGAGGCUGGAGGAGGAAUCGGGAAAGCUUAAGGAAAUGUGCCGACGAGAGCUGGACAAGUCAGAGUCUGAGAUCAAGAAGAACGGUUCCAUUAUAGGCGAAUACAAGCAGAUCUGCUCUCAGCUCAGUGAGCGUCUAGAGAAGCAGCAGGCAGCCAAUAAGGGGGAGCUGGAGAAGAUUCGGCAAAAGGUGGAGGGCUGUGAGAAGUGCAGUGUGCUCUUCAACAAGGAGGGCCGUCUGAAGGUGCCGAGUGCCACUAAGGAGGGCAGCGAGGAGGACACGGAUGAGGAGAAGGAGGCGCUCAAGAACCAGCUGAGGGAGAUGGAGUUGGAGCUGGCCCAAACAAAACUGCAGCUGGUGGAAGCUGAGUGCAAGAUCCAGGACCUAGAGCAUCAUUUAGGUCUCGCCUUGAAUGAAGUCCAAGCAGCAAAGAAGACCUGGUUCAACAGGACGUUAAGCUCCAUCAAGACUGUGACCGGUGCCCAGGGAAAAGAGACAACCUAAAUUGAAGGGGGAGUAGGGCAUGAGACUGACAUCCCGUCCCUCUUUUCCCCUUCCCCAACGCUGGUCAGAGGUACCCUCCCACUCACGGGACCAGAGAGAAUUCUCAGCGGGGUUUUUAAAGGACAAUGUUCAUAGGGUAAAACUGCCCCGAAUGACAAAAUGUACUUAUAAAAAAAUAUAAGGCUUUAACAUUAGAGGAGUCUAUAUACUACUGAUAUUUAAAGGUAAGGAGAUGGCCAUAGAGGUGCCUGAAACUGUCCUUACAGACUUGGAAAAACACUCCAUUUACUGACCUGCUCGAGACUACUUGCACAAAAAUCCAGUUGAAAUUUAGGUACGAGUGCUAACAGCCUCCUUUUCAAACUUGUUAGCUUUUCUGAUUUUGUUUAACAAUACUUUUUGUUUUGUAUUUACACAUACAUUCAUUUGUAUAGAUGUGUGUGGGUGUGUGUAUGUGCGUUUGAGAGCCAAAUGGAUUUCCUGUGCAGUUUUUACCAUGAGAAAUUUAAAUAAAAGAGGUUGGUGCCAUUUAAUGGUAGGGGCAAUGUUACGAAACCUUAGCGAUGAUUGAGGUGAAGUAGUUUACUCGCUGACCAUUGCUGUAAUUGUAGAAAACUGCUUGAGAGUUACUUGAUGCUGGACCACUAGUUCAGACUCCAACUGCGGUCAAAGACUGUCUUCCUUGUAUGUGGAUUUGGGCCAGAAUAGUCGUUGUAGACAUGAGGUCAGUGGGCCAGCAGAGCUCAGAUUAUUUUGACACUCCCCUGUCAAAGCCUCCAUGUGUGAAAGAGCCUGACCCAGAGAGACCCUCCUAGGGGCCAGGAAGGACAGGCGAGCUCUGACCAUCCCACUGCAGGAGGCCAUGGUGCGAAGCUUGAAUGUUGGCAUGUUGAUCUGUGUGCCGUUGAUGGUUGGUCUUGGGUAAAAAGUUGGCGAACUCUGUGUGUGUGUGUGUGUGUGUGUGUGUGUGUGUGUGUGUGUGUGUGUGUGUGUGUGUGUGUGUGUGUGUGUGUGUGCGCGCGUUAAUGCUAGUGAGGAGGGUCUCUUACAGAUGUGUUGUAGUCAAGGAGUGGGAAAUCAUAGCACCUUGUUUGUAUUUGCAAUGGCUUCUGGCUGGCUCAAGUCUGUGUUGAUGUUAGUGGAGAGACUUUACUGAGAAACAGUUCACUCUGACAGGCACUGGUUUGUAUAUAUGAGGCACAUGAGUUUAUGUUGUAUUUCUACUUUCCUUGGUAACUGUACUAAUGUUGCCUAAUGUACCGCAUUACAGAUAUAACAUGUCUAUGCUCAGUGCUUUUGUCUUAAAUGUCCAACCGCUGUCACAUUCAUUACAAGCCAAAAUGUACCUUCCUCCAGCAUUAUGAAAGUGUGGACAUUGUAAUAGAUAUAGAUUGCAUUGUGUAUACUUCAUGCAUUUAAAUAUAUACUAAAAAAAAAAAAAAAAGCUAUGAAAACAAACUGUCGCGUCUCAUUUCCCCCCCAAGUGAAAUGACAUGUCAGUCUUCAUCUUACUUCUAUGUGCCUCAUCAAUUUUGGACACGGCAGAUCAUACAGG